AUGGGGAAUACUAAAUCAGCUGGCCUUAAGGAUGAAACGACUAAGCAUAAGCCGAAAUUGAGUCAAUCCGAAAGGAAAAUCUCACCAACUCAUAAGAAAAUGUCCAGGAAACUGCACAGCGUUGACAGCAAAGCAUCCAUGUCAUCUCAGGGGAAUCGUAGACCAAUUCUAACAGUGAGUCAACGAGCUAUUAUCAAGUACUGCAUCGAUAAUUCCAAGGAUGAUAUCGCUGAUCGUAUUAUACGACGAGCAACGGAGAAGAAGGACGACUUUAAGGGAUUUUUGGAUAAUCUACCGAGGGCACAACGCGUCGAAGUUUCUGAUGCGUUGCGAGUGUUCCUCAACGGAGUAUGUGACAACCUCAUGGACUCAGAGGAAAUUCAACGGAUGUCGGAGGAAUUCGGCGCCUUUCAUGUCCCAUUCCGAACGUAUGGCUUCAAACCAGAUUUUUUCGCAUGUACCGCUGAUGCUGUAACCACGGAAUGCACAUUCCUUGAUCAAGCAACACAUACGCCAAGUGAAACUGCCGGAGCAUGGUCAACGCUAAGCGCAUUUGUGUUCUCAGCGGUUCGUGACGGUUAUUACGCAGAGCUACGACGGCAACGUAAAUCUAGUAAUGCGUUUCGCAAUCGACCGUCUGUCGACGUCAGUUCUGACGGAAGUGUAGCGGACGGCGGCAGCAGAAGGUCCGCUUCACCUACACCAGAUGAGAUGUCACAAAGCAGUGGACCUAAGGAGAACACCACUAAUUAUUUGCUGCCACCUCAAGUCUAUUGA